ACAUCCUUUCUCUUCCUUUCCCAGCCAAGUGACUGUCCGCUCUGGAGGCCUGGCCACCGGCUGCUGGAACUUCUGGAAGACCGCCUUCUAGCCACCGAAGAGCUGUAAGAAGUUGGAUGUAGAAUUGCUUCCAUGAUUGACUUCCUAUACAAAUCUGUAGUUUCCUGAUUCUUCUUCACAACCUGUAAUCAUGGACUUGUUUAUAUGACCUUUCAAGACCACAACACAUCAACUGGCCAUCUUUUCAGGAGAUUGACCAACAGAAGUAAAUUAUAGACUGACUUGGAAAACGCUCCCAUGGACUUGAUCUUGGCAGUUAAUGGCAUACUGUCUUACAGUAUUAUUUAAAUAUUUCAUAUUGCUUACUUUUCUUUCUUUUUCCUCGAAGACUAGUUAGUCACACUGGAUAUGCUGCUCUUCUUUGUUUUGGGAUUGUUCGUACAUUUUGUGUUCUUCGGCUCCAUCUUCGAUAUUUAUUUUACCUCUCCUUUGGUUCAUGGAAUGACUCCUCAGUUUACACCAUUGCCUCCUCCAGCAAAAAGAUUAGCACUGUUUGUUGCGGAUGGCCUGCGGGCAGAUACACUUUAUGAAUUAGAUGAAAAUGGAAAUUCGAGAGCACCAUUUAUUAGGAAUAUCAUAAUGCAUGAAGGCAGCUGGGGCUUAUCUCAUACCCGUGUGCCAACUGAGUCUCGGCCAGGUCAUGUGGCCCUGAUCGCUGGGUUUUAUGAAGAUGUCAGUGCAGUUGCCAAAGGGUGGAAGGAAAAUCCUGUGGAAUUUGAUUCUCUUAUUAAUGAGAGCAAGUACACGUGGAGCUGGGGAAGCCCUGAUAUCUUGACUAUGUUUGCCAAAGGUGCUUAUGGAGACCAUGUUUUUACAUAUACCUAUGAUGCUGACAGUGAAGAUUUUGGUGCCCAUGAUGUAACAAAACUGGAUACUUGGGUUUUUGAUAAAGUUAAGGAAUUCUUUCAUGCUGCCAGAAACAACCAGUCUUUGUUUUCUAAACUAAAUGAAGAAAAAAUAGUUUUUUUCUUACAUUUAUUAGGAAUAGAUACAAACGGACAUGCUCACCGACCAUCAUCAAGGGAAUAUAAGGACAAUAUUAAACUAGUGGAUGCGGGAAUGAAAGAAAUGGUGUCCAUUCUUGAACACUUUUAUGGAAAUGAUGGGAAAACGGCAUUUAUCUUUACCUCUGACCAUGGAAUGACAGACUGGGGUUCCCAUGGGGCUGGUCAUCCUUCAGAGACUUUAACUCCCUUUGUCACUUGGGGAGCUGGAAUCAAGUAUCCCCAAAAAGUAUCAGCUCAGAAAUUUGAUGAUGCAUUUUUGAAAGAAUGGAGAUUAGAGAGCUGGAAGAGGCAAGAUAUCCAUCAGGCUGAUAUUGCACCAUUGAUGGCUUCUCUUAUUGGAGUUCCCUUUCCCCUUAAUUCAGUGGGCAUCCUUCCUGUAGAUUAUCUUAACAACACUGAUCUCUUCAAAGCAGAGAGCAUGUUUACAAAUGCAAUACAGAUUCUCGAACAAUUCAAGGUGAAAAUGACUCAGAAAAAAGAAGUUACUUUACCGUUUUUGUUUAUACCAUUUAAGUUGCUUCCUGAAUCUAAACAGCUAAACAUUGUAAGAAAAGCAAGAUCUUACAUAAAACAGAGAAAGUAUGAUGAAGCAGUCUCCCUUUGCAAGGAGCUGAUUCAUCUUGCAUUGAAAGGAUUGUCCUAUUAUCACACUUAUGACAGAUUCUUCUUGGCCAUCAAUGUUGUUCUUGGUUUUUUGGGAUGGACAUCUUACGCUUCUUUGUUGAUCAUCAAGUCUCAUUUUAACCUUACUAGAGGUGUUAAUAAAGAAGUUAAGAAACCAAGCCACCUCCUGUCAUGUAGUUGUAUAGCUAUUGGUGUUUUUGUAGCAUUUUUCCUGCUGCUUCAAGACUGUCCCUGGACUUAUUACAUAUAUUGUUUGUUGCCAGUGCCAAUAUGGUAUGCGGUUCUAAGAGAGUUUCAAGUUAUUCAAGACUUUGUCACAUUACUGUUGACCGUUCCUCCAAGUUAUUUUGUUGGAUACCUGUUAGUCUUUAUCCUGGGAAUUGAAAUAUUAGUUCUCAGUUUUUUCUACCGCUACAUGCUUACAGCUGGACUUCUUGCAUUUGCGGGUUGGCCAUUUAUCACCCAGCUAUGGACUCGAGCAAAGAACAUCUCACUGAGUUGGAUUUUCUUCUCUUUGCUCCUGGCAGCGUUCCCACUGAUGCCCGUUGUAGGACGAAAGCCAGAUAUCUUUCUAGUAAUGGGCGCAGGCUUGCUGGUUCUUCUGCUAUCCCUGUGUGUUUUAACAUCUCUCAUAAAAAGAAAAGACAGUUUUAUAAAUGAAGAGCUAUUGUUACAUCUAUUUCAGAUGCUGAGCGUAGUGCUUUCUAUGUGUGUUACGUAUAGCACCCACAGCAGUCUACGCAAGAAGCAAGGACUGCCUCUUCUUAAUCAGAUCAUUAGCUGGCUAAUAUUAGCCUUUUCCCUCGUCCUGCCACUGCUGAGUCCCACAAGUCUCUUCGAGCGGUUGUUUAGCAUUCUUCUUUCCUUGAUGUCAACCUACAUACUGCUAAGCACAGGGUACGAAGCUCUCUUUCCAUUAGUAUUGUCAUGCUUAAUGUUUGUCUGGAUACAGGUGGAACAAGAAACCCUGCAGCAACGUGGUAUUUCCUGCAAACAGAAGUCACAAGAAUAUUCAGCAUUGUCACAAGUCAGUUCAUGAAUUUGAUCAGAAGGUGCCAUUUGUGUUUUCUGUGUUGUUUUUCUCUUUCUAGUGGUCCUAUCCCAAAUUGUUUAUUCUGCUGCCUUAGUGAUCGUGGCCUCAGUCCAAAUCUUAAGCUGUUUAUUCACCACAGUAUACUUUGAAUUGGCUGAAAGCCAGCUAAAUUUUAAGGACACAUUUAUCAUGCUGAGCUAUACAGUGAAAUUGAUGUCUCUUGCCUUUAUUUUAGAACUGGAGGUAAUUUAUAAGAAAUUGGUGACAGAAUAUUUACACUUUUACUGAGGUCAGAUAAAAAGAAUAUUGCAGAAAAACACCUUCGUAGUUGGUCCAUUGAUCCAUCCAUAACUGGUUCCAGUUGAGUUUACAGAAAGUAAUUGAUAAUUUAGAAUAAUGAAUUUCAAUAAUGAAGGAACUUUAUUGAAGUAUAUUAAAUGAUUACUGUUUUUUAACUUUCAGCCCUGGAAUAUUAAAACAGUACAUGAAAAGCAGUUUUGAUCAGAUUCAAAUAAAUGGUCAGACUGUCCUUAAUAGUAAAUAUUAAAUAUUUUAAUAUUAAGUGGAUAUUAAAUUUAAAAGUAGCAUUUUUGUGUCAUUUUUUAAGUUCUGUUUUUUAAUGGAAGAGAUUUUUUUAAUAUAAAGGAGUAUUAAAGUAUAAAGCAUUAAAUUUCUAUUAAAUUUACUAGAAAAUUACAUGGAAAGUGGAGGAAGGGGAAGAUCUCCCUUUAAACUCCCCCAUGAGUUUUUAUUUUUACAGAGAGAGGGGGAUUAAGCAAGAGUGCAUCCACAUUGUUGGACUUGAGUGACUUUCUAUUUUACCAAAAGUAGAAAUAUUUUAUAUUUUAUAGAGAGAAAAUAAUUUUUCUACAAAUGGAAUUAACAGAAUAACAAAGAAACAGAGAAAUAUUUGAUUUGAUCAUGCUUUUUCAUAUCAUGCCAUAUUUGGGUUUUAGAAGGUCAGGACCCUGAAGAAUCAGGACGUCAAAAAAGGAAGAAUUACAUAGGGAUUGAAAGUGAACCAUUUACAUGGGAUAAGGAAAAACUCACGUCUCCCGUUUAUUAUACAUUCGGCAGUAGUACAGCUCCAUUCAGCAUAUUGUUAGCAACGUAGUCUGCCUUUUGGCAGAUUUUAUUAAGGUGUAAUUAAGCUACAGGAACAGCUUUAUUUUGUUUGCUCUGGUCAGUACAGGAUAACUUUCUAGCUCUUGUAACUUAGACUGGAAGGUUGCCUUUGAGGGUAGAAGUAAGCGAACCGUUCUUGUGUGUUCGUAUAU